GAGAGAGCGAGAAAGCUGCAGGGAACUGCUUUGACACCAGACACACGAGACAAACACUGCUUGGAUGUCAUUACGGAUCACCUACCACAAGUGAGCAUCAAAAACAGCUGAGAUAAAUGCAGCCACUCUCGACCUCACCUGCAAAGUCAUGGCUGCUGCCCCUCAUCUCAAUGUGGACGCACUCCGUGAAGUCUUGGAAUGCCCCAUCUGCAUGGAAUGUUUUACCGAAGAGCACCUAAGGCCGAAACUGCUGCACUGUGGGCAUACCAUCUGCAAACAGUGCACUGAAAAGCUCCUGGCCAACAGCAUCAACGGGAUACGCUGUCCCUUCUGCAGCAAAGUCACGAGGAUCACCAGCUUGGCUCAGCUGACGGACAACCUGACCGUGCUGAAGAUCAUUGACACAGCGGGACUCAGCGAAACCGUUGGCAUCCUCAUGUGCAAGGCUUGUGGGCGGAGGCUCCCCAAGCACUUCUGCAAGAGCUGUGGCAUGGUCUUGUGUGAAUCGUGCAAAGAAGCUGAGCAUGUGCAGCAGGGGCAUGGCGUGGUUGCUAUCAAAGAGGCAGCCGACGAACGGAGAAGGGAAUUUGGGGCCCGGCUCGGCCAGCUGCGAGAGCUCAUGGGCGACCUGCAGAAAAGGAAGGCAACUUUGGAAGGAGUUUCGAAGGACCUUCAAGUAAGGUACAAAGCCGUCCUGCAGGAGUAUGGGAAAGAGGAGCGCAAAGUCCAAGAGGAGCUUGCUAGGUCCCGAAAGUUCUUUACCACUUCCCUCUCUGAGGUAGAGAAAGUGAACAGCCAGAUCAUGGAGGAGCAGGCUUACCUGCUGAACAUCGCCGAGGUGCAGAUUGUGUCACGGUGUGACUACUUCCUUGCCAAAAUCAAACAGGGAGACAUAGCCCUCUUAGAGGAAGAGGGUGAUGAAGAGGAACCUGAACUGAUGAACAGCCUCCCCAAAGAGCUGACCCUGCAAGAAGUUGAGCUCCUCAAGGUAGGCCAUGUUGGGCCGCUGCAGAUUGGACAAGUGGUUAAAAAACCCAGGAGCAUCAAUGUGGAGGAAUCGCAGGUGGAGAUGGUGGCAGUGGCCUCUGUCUCCUUCAGGGAGGCAAACGUGGCUGACGCAGAGGUCAGCUCGCUGCCCAGUUGCUCCUCACCCACCAAACCACGCAUGCCAGAGGCAGCAGCCAGCAUCCAGCAGUGCAACUUCCUCAAGAAGAUGGGCUCUAAAGGCAGCACUCCAGGGACUUUCAACCUACCUGUCAGCCUGCACGUCACCCCUCAGGGGGAGGUGCUUGUAGCAGAUCGCGGAAACUUCCGAAUCCAAGUCUUUACCCGCAAGGGCUUCCUAAAGGAGAUCCGCCGGAGUCCCAGUGGCAUUGACAGCUUUGUGCUCAGCUUUCUCGGAGCAGAUCUGCCCAACCUGACUCCUUUGUCUGUCACCAUGAACUGCAAUGGACUGAUUGGCGUGACCGACAGCUACGACAACUCUGUGAAGGUAUACACGAUGGACGGGCACUGUGUGGCGUGCCACAGGAGCCAGCUAAGCAAGCCGUGGGGCAUCACUGCCCUCCCAUCGGGGCAGUUUGUAGUGACGGAUGUGGAAGGGGGGAAGCUUUGGUGCUUCACAGUAGACCGCAGCAUUGGGGUUGUGAAGUACAGUUGCCUGUGUAGCGCUGUGCGCCCCAAGUUCGUGACUUGCGACACCGAAGGGACUAUCUACUUCACCCAGGGGCUGGGCUUGAACCUUGAAAACCGCCAACACGAGCACCACUUGGAAGGAGGCUUUUCGAUUGGUUCCGUUGGCCCAGAUGGCCAUCUUGGCCGGCAGAUCAGCCAUUUCUUCUCGGAGAAUGAGGACUUCCGGUGCAUCGCAGGGAUGUGCGUGGACGCCCGGGGGGACCUGAUCGUUGCAGACAGCAGCCGGAAGGAAAUACUGCAUUUUCCAAAAGGGGGUGGCUAUAACAUCUUAAUCCGGGAGGGACUCACGUGCCCUGUUGGCAUAGCCAUCACCCCCAAGGGACAGCUCUUGGUCUUGGACUGUUGGGAUCAUUGCAUUAAGAUCUACAGUUACCACCUGAGGAGGUACUCCACACCUUAAGAGGAAAAAGGCAUGGUGUGUGUGUGGGGGGGGGGGGUAACACGUGUGUCCACGCAAGAGAUUCCUUUGUUGUUCCUAGUAGACUGACUUGUCAUUCAGUGCCAUAGUUUUCAAGCAGAGUGUGCCACAGUCCUGGCUGAACUGGUGCAGCAGCCACCUUUUUUGUGUGUGCUCUUAGAAGAAAAGAUAGACAAUCUCUGUGUUUGUGUGUGCGCAUUUUAUUAUUAUUAAAAUAGAAGUUAGCUAAGUAAAUCUCCUGACUAAGUCGAGAAUGCUGAUAAAAGAGAGCUGGGAUUUUUAUUAGCCCUGUCUUGCACCCCUAGGUUCCACCCUCACUUUCUGCCACUGCAUGUGUAUCAGGGCUCCAGCACCAGUCUCUUUUCAUUGGCCUUUUCACCACAGUAGCUGGUAGUACUUUCCCCACUACUGAAUCCUUUUAAUUUCCCAACCGUGUUGGUGCAGCCCACCCAUCACAAACACUUCAUCACCACAGUCCUGUUUUGAAAUCAAACCCCCACUCCCCAAACCAGGAUCUCACCCAUCCUUACAGUGCCAAUAGAGCCCUGGUGCUCAACAUGUGUUAAUGUGUAUGUGUGUGUGCAAGAGGGAGACUGACUUUGUGCCCAUUGAUCAUUAUGAAGUUGGACUGCUGCAAUUGCAGGAAACUUGACUUGAAGCUAAAACUGUCUCCUAGGAUUCUAUGUUCAUGAACCUUUUGUUUUGAACAGCAGCGAUAGCGUUGCUGGAUGGGAACUGAUCCGAGAUUUGUUUUUGAUUCAUGACUUUUGUGGUGUCUCUCGCUUGAAAAAAAAAUGUCUUGGAAAGCCA